UUGGCUAUGUGAUUCCUCAACAAGUUCCAUCGACGUUAUAGUAUUACCAUGGGCAGCGGCUUCGGCAGGGCCUGCUCAUCCCAGCAAGCGGCAGGGAGAAGAAAAAAGCUCGGUACCUUCGAGCUGCGCCGUCUGGUACUUCAGUUGACCAGAAUCACGUACUUCAACGAAAAUGAGCGAACAUCACUUCUUGCACUUUUUUACGGAUACUUUCAAAAUGAGUGAGCAGGAGGACAAAAACACCCUCGCUCGGCAGAUCUUCCGCACAUUCGAUAAAGAUGGCAGCGGCUCGGUUGAUUUUCGUGAGUUUAUCAUUGGACUGAGUACACUCCUGCGGGGAACCACAGUGGAGAGACUGAAGUGGGUCUUUAACAUGUACGACCUGGACAGUAACGGCUCAGUAACCAAGGACGAGCUCAUCCAUGUCUUAAAGAUGAUGCACAAGUUGCGAUACCCUGAGAUGGCUGUGGAGAACGUGGAUGCAUUAGACGAACAUCUACAGAGUGUUGCAGAUAAGAUAUUCACGGGAAUAUUUUACAUACUGCACAGGGCCGAGGUGGAUGUUGACGGAGACGGUACGCUGAAGUUGAAGGAGUUUGUUGAAGGUGUGCGGAGGAAUCCUGGCCUGUUACGUCCGACGAGGAACUAG